GUCGCUUGACCCAUGUCACCUGCACCAGUGCUGAUGGGGCAGCCAGCGGGAGAGGGAGGCACCCUGGAGGUACCUGCCAAGCCGGCUCUUCUGCAGGCCUUUUGCUACUCAAGGGAGAGACCCGGCCAUGUGGCUGCCCAUCGUGUCUGUGGGCAGCCCCAGGCCUGGGGCACACGGCCUCAGGGGAAGGCUGGGUCUUGGCGGCCAGGCCUCCUGGGUGGGCUUGACCACCAGGGGGACGACCCUGUCAUCCUGUCUGGGCCGCUGGGGCAGGGCAGGGCCAGCUGCUGCCGGCUCCCUGGUCCUCCCCCUGUGCGAGUGGAAGGGUGGGGGUGGAGGCCGCGGCGUUCCUGGCUGGGAGCCCAGAGGAGUCUUUUGUAAUCACAACAUGAUCUCGUGUGCUGAGCAGUGGAGCCGGCAGGGAGAGGCGGGCAGAGGCCCGGCUCCGGCGGCUCCGGCUUCCCUCCUGCUCCGGCUCCCCCAGGGUCUGCUCUGGAAUCCUCUCGGUGCCCGCUGGUGCCAUGCACUCGGCUGUGAGUGGCACCUCGCCUUGGGCAGGGGGCUUCCCGGGGCUGGGAGGAGGCUGGGACACCAGGCAGCCAUGCUCUGGGGGCAGCUGGGGACAGCUGGGCCUGGGAGGAAGAGGGCUGCGAUCAGGCCAGAGGCGGCCCGGGCAGGGGUACUGGCGCCCAAAGCGGAGACCCUGCAGCCAGGCGGGGCGGGGGGACGACCUGGGAUCUUGAUGCCGAGGCCCCGCUCGCCCAGGGUGGGGCUGCCAACCUCUCCUGCCCUGGCAGCCAGCGGCUCAAGGCCUGGAGAGGCUGGGCCUGUGGGGCGGCUCUUUCUCCAGGCUGGGCACAGGCCCGCAGAGUGGGGGCCCGGGCCUGAGGGCCCAGGACGGAGCCGAGGCCUCUCUUUUCCUGCACUUCUGAGUCUGGGAGCCAAACAGCUCCCCCCUCCUCGACCUCCCCAAUGCCCUGGCAGCUUCCCAGUCAUGCAGGUUCUGCGGCCAGAGCCAUUUAUAACUCCCAUUCCAGGCUGCUUGGUGCUCUCUGGGGAGCGGGGGAGGGGCGGCCCGCGGCCUGCCCUGGGUGUCAGGCCCCGACCCGGAGGAGGCAGGUGCAGGCAGACAGGCCCAGCAUGGCGGGGUGGGGGGGAACAGCCCCCUUUCUUCCUGUGGACCCUGGCGCUGUGGGUGGUGAGAAUAAGGUUGGGGGAUGAGUGUGCAGGUGGGGGAAUGGUGGUGGCUGGGCAGCAGCCGGGAGCCUGGGUCCCCUGCCCUCUGCAGGGGCCGCCCAGGGCCGCGUCGCUGAUGAGCAGGCUGGAGGAGAAGGAUGCCGAGCUGGACCGGAGGAUAGUUGCCCUGCGCAAGAAGAACCAGGCCUUACUGCGCAGGUACCAGUGUCUCCCUGUGUAGGCCUGUCCGCGUCUGUGUCUCUGUGCGUCUGGGGGCUGUGGCCUGUGCUGAUCCCAGGCCCUCCCCUAGGAGAUCCAGGAAGACCGUCAGCAGGCCGAGCAGGGGGGCAUGGCUGUGACCACGCCGGGGCUCCUCCAGCCCGACAGCCUCACUGUCACCAUCAGCCAGGUUCCUGGUGUAAGCCUCACCCUGGGAGCCAGGGAGGGUGGAAAGAGGUGGAGGCCCAGAUGGUGGGGGACAGCACAACUUACCCCUCUGGAGGCUGCUACCAGCUCCCAGCCUCAUGCAGCCCAGGCCACUGUCCCCAGCCGAGGGCCUCAGCCCCACAUGUACGCCCCACGCACAAGCUGCUCCUAAACCCAAACCUGAGGGGCUUCCAAUGUAAGAAGUGGGGGAGAGCUGGGGCUAAGACCAGGAGCAGUGUUUGAGGGACAAGGCCUUAUUGUCUGAGUGCUCAGAGCUGACCGCCAGCCACUGUGGCAUCUCGGGCCCCCGGCGGCCCUAGGCGCUGGAUAACUAAUGUCAUUGGUAUGUGAAUGCCUGCGGGAGUCGGCGUCUCUGUGGGCAUUCCAGGGAGGGUCAGGCUGGAACCUGGACCCAGGGAAGCCCCCAGAGGACUCCCUACCCGGGUCCUGCCCAGUGCUGCCCACGUGGCCCUCGUUGUGCAGGAGAAGCGGGUGGUCAGCAGGAACUGGGCAAGGAGCCCCCUCAGACCCGAUGCCGCCGGCGAGAUGCUGGAGGACGAGGACGUGGGGGGCUGCGUGGGCACCUUCUUCUUGGGGGAGCGCGUGGACCUGGCCGUGACCAUGGAAAACAGGGCCAAGGCCAAACGGAUCGUAAGUGAAAAGCCCACCAGAGCAAGGGCCCCCGGGGCAGACGGGUCACCUGGAGGGGGCGGAGGCCAAAGCCCCCCGACACAGUUGGCCGUCGGCUCGAACUCUGUGCAGAAGGCUGCAGGGGAAGCCCGGGGCCCAGCCCCUCCACGGCCACUCAGGGCGCCCCCAGAGGUGGGCUGGGACUACGCUCAGUGGAAGCAGGAGCGCGAGCAGGUGGACCAGGCCCGCGUGGCCCGGCACAGAGAUGCACAGGGUGACUGGCGCCGCCCGUGGGACAUGGACAAGGCCAAGCCCACGCUACAGGACGGCGGCAAGCCUAGGGAAGAGGGCCCGGUGAGGGCGGACGGCAGACGGGGUCCUAGGAGCCACCGGAAGCUACAGCCCCCGCCAUUGUCCCCGGAUGGCAAAGGUCGGGGUGGGCAGCCCAGCAGACCCUCAGCGGCACCAGCCACAGGCAGCAAAGCCCGGGGCAAGGAGAGGCUGACCGGCAGGGCCCGAAGGUGGGAUACGAAGGAAGACGUGGCUGAGGACCUGGAAAGCCAGGAGGCAGGCCAGAGCACCAGGACGGCUGUCAGUGCAGAGGAACAGGCCGACAAGCAGAGCGGGGCGCAGCCGGGCAGGCUGGGAAGGACUCCAGCAACCAGCCCAGCGCCAGCACCCCCGGAGCGGCCAGAAGAGAAGUCAGGAGCUUCCACAAGCAGCCCCGCCCCCGGCUCACCACAACAGACUGACUUGGUUCCCCUGGACCUCUCCCUAGGAGGGGCCGGCAGCCCUGGGCCUGGGGAGAGCCCAUGUGUUCUCAGCCCCGGGCCCGGGGCCCAGGAGAACCCUGCAUCCCGGCCAGAUGGCUCCCGGCAGCCUCCGGGGUGCAGCGACCCCGAGGCUGAGCUGGAGGGCCGGAUGUGCUCUGAGCCGCAGAAAGGAACAGGCCCCCUAGAGCCCAGAGAGGGCAGGUCUGGCAGGGCUGGGGCGCAGCAGGCCCUGGCCCCAAGAGGCAGGCCUCCCAGAGGAAGUGGGCAGAGGGGGAGGGGCACAGGGGGAAGGGGCAGGAGAGGGGGCGCUGGCCCUGCAGGACGGUGCUGAGCAGAGCUCCUGGGAGCUGGGGGCUGCUUUAGGGAGAGGAGGAGGGAAGGACUCAGUGCCCAGUCUUCUGUGUGGCUCGUGCCCGUCCGGCUGAGCAGUGCGGUCAGCUUGCCAGCAGAUUGAUCCUGUGAGGGCAAGGGGCUGCCUCGGGCCCUGUACCUCGUGGGCCCGUGUGUUUUCCUGUGCAAGCACAAGCAUGCUGGCCUCUGGUGUCCCACACCGGUCAACCCUGCCCUGAUACCCAGGCCAUGAGCCAUCUCCACCCUGACAGCCAGGCCUUCCUGGUCCUGUUAUGCCCCAAGACCUGGCCUCCCUCGCCAGCAGAUGCCCUCAGAACCCGGCAGCCGCAAGCCCCCUUGGCCACCCAAGCCAGCACCUUUCUCACCCUCCUGUCUCGCGGCCAGGUGAUGAGUGGUCCCAGGCUCACAGGAUGGCUGAGCUGGCAGAACCUCGGCCGUCACCUGCUUCUUCCAAAGAGGAGGCCGAGGCCUGGAGAAAGGACACAGCUGGCACUGCCCGGGCUGGGAGCAGAGGAGCAGAAUCGGGCUUCCCUAUGAAAAGGAGGGUCCCCGGAGUGGCUCCCCUGGCAUGGGGUGGACUGGGCGGUGGGGAGCACUCACGGCUGGCGCUGAGGCAUCACGUGCACCCUGGACAGAGGCCAGGGCCUGCUCCUGCGGCCCAGGGUCAUUUCCUGCCCUCUCCUACUUCCUCUUCCCCACCCCCACCCCCACCAGGGCCUUGCAAGGCAAGGGCCCAGAGAAACAGAGAAGCUCAGUAGAUAAACAAUGACUCCAACUAAGGGCGGCGACAUCAGAACUUGUCUUUCCCACUUAGUCUCCGUUCCCGCCCCUCCCCUGAGGCCCACGGAACUAUCCAGACUCCGCACAAGCUGUGGCUUCCUCUCAAUUCAACAAACAUUUCCUGAGCACCCACGACCAGUACCGCAGCCGGUGGGCGACGGUGACUUAGCCAACAGGGGGAGGGAAGGGACCUAGUCAACCAGCAGGUCCAGGCUACACAGCAGGGGCCGCUCUUGGCCUGAGGUGCGUGACAGGGCUGGGGGCAGGAGCACGGUGGGAGCCCAGAGGGAACCAGCCCGCCUCUGCUCCCACGCCCUUGCCUGGAGCUCACCACGUGGUCCCUUCUGCUCCCCUCCUCCCUGGCCCUGCCAUGCUGGUUUCUCUGCUGAGGGUCAUGGGCCUCUGAGGCCCCCAGGAGGGUCUGGACCCUGGCCACAGUUCGAUGGGAGGCCAGUGGGGUCCCAGCUCAGGCGGCUUCGCUGGCUGGCAGCUCCAUCCCCCCACCCUUCGAUGUGGCCGCAUGGGGAGUGGGUACCUCCCAGCAGCUGAGACUGCUGUCCUCACACCGGCAUGCCAAGGAUGAUGCCGGCUCUAAUUCAGCCUGGGGAGGGCUGGGAGCCAGCGCUGCUGUAGGCACAGGUAGGCCCACACUGCUGGGCUGGGCCACACUAUGCGAGUGGUAACGGCCAAGACUAGGACACAAGGAGGGCUUGGGACAGAGGCAGACUCUAGGCCCUGGCUGGCUGCAGGGCUGGGGGAAGACGCUGCAGAGGGCAGGAAUGGGGUGGGGUGAAGAGGGCAGUGUGGGGCUGAUCACAGGCAUCCUGGAAAAGCCUGGCCAGGCCGGAGACUCCACACUCAAGUUUUCCUCCUGCCUUCCAGUCACAAGGACAAGGCUUUGGAAUGUGGCACAGGCCCUGGGGCCCCAUGGCGGGCAAAGGACAGGGCUGGGUUAGAGCAAAGGAUGGGGUUAGGUUCGGGCAGAGACCUUAAAUUCAAGAUUCACAGUCUGCUCCCAAACCCCGGAGCUGCAACUCACAGGUGUGUCUGCACACAGGGUAGCCGCCAGGCACGUGUGAGCAUGGGAGGGGGACGGAGAAAUGGGACAAGGCCCGGGUUCAGCCCUCACACAGGGACCAGGGCAGGAGAGAGUCAGGGAGAAGGGCUAUGGGGAAAUAGGGCUGGAAGGAUGUUAGGAGGAGGGGUGUUGGGGGAGCAACGAAAUUGGAGAGUGGAGACCGGUGCGGGCUGCUUUCACAGGAAGACUGUACUGUGGGCAGGUGGCACUGAGCUGUCCUCAAGAGGGCAGUGGCUCUGGUGGCAGCCCUCGGCUACCCAACCUGACUGUGGCUCCAGGAUGGAACAGGAGGCAGGUGUCACUAGAUACGGCCCCUGCCGACCUCAGGGCCAUGUAGAGCUGGUUCUAUCUCCUCUUGGCUCCUGUGUUCAAAGGUCAGGCUAGAAGCCUUCUACUUGGUUGGAAAGGAGGAAGGCAUCCAGGACAAAUCUGUUUUCAAAUGUGGGAGGGCUUCACAUGGCCAUCAGGAACCAAGGCACGGGGCUGGAGGGCGGAAGAGGCGGAGGCACCUGUGUCCCAGGCCCACCUCACCUUGGCAGAAGGAGCAGUGGAGCAGGGUUGCAAGAAAGGCACGUGUUGGACGACAGGGUGGAACGGGCACAGGCCAGGAUCCCCCGGUCCAGGCAGCUGGGUGGCCGUGCUCGACUUUAACCUCUUAAAGCCUUGGUCCUCUUGUCUGCAAAAUGGGGCUGUAAUUCCCACCCUGAAGGGCUGUUGAGAAAACAAGGACAAGAGUAUGCAAAAUGCACCCGGCCCGCAGUAGACACUGUCACUGGUAGCCUGCCAUUCGAAAGGCUCUCGGUGAAUACUCGUUGAAUAAAUGAAGUAGCUAUUUGGUGUGA